AUGUUCAUACCAUCAACCGAAGGGUGCUCGACUGAGGAUCGAUGGGAAGUCCAUCGGGAGACAAUAUGCAAGCUGUUUCUCGAGGAGAAGAAAACGUUGAAGGAAGUUCGAAGCAUCAUGGCUUUACAAAAUUUCCAUGCAUCGGAAUGGAAAUUCGAAUCGAAAUUGAGAGACAGCUGGGGCUUGUCGAAGAAGUUAAAGAAAACCGAUUGGCCGGUUAUCAAGCACCACCUCUCGAAAAGAGCCAGACAAAACAAGAGAAGCGAAAUAUUGUUACAUGGUAUCCGCAUUCCCCAGCACAAAGUUCGUAAAGAAGUCAAUCGGAACCGUGCCAACGCUGUUCAUUUGCAAAGGGUUGGAAGCCCAAUAUUAACAAAUGGGGUUUCUAUUCGAACACCACCCGCUAGUCCUAACCUAUCAAUUCGCGCCCUAGGCAAGUCCAGUACGGCAAGCCCAGGAGCUAUAGCCAAAAGGCCAUCCUAUAUAAAGCCGCCAAGUCCUCAGAUCAUUCCACGGAGUCUUUUAGGCGUGGAAUUUGCCAAUAACAAUGGCCAUGUAUCUUACUGUGGCCCCUCGGUUCAGAAUCAACGUCAAAUGACAACUCAAGGGCUUGAUUACUAUGCCACCAACUUUGCAGCUCUACCCAGCUCUCAAGCUUCACAGGCGCUUAGUUUCUCAUAUGUAUCUCAGGAUGGCGAGAUAUUGGACGGAUAUGAACACAUGAGCACUCUCUCGGAAGUGUGGCUCCCAAUUUUCCUACACAAUACCCCAUGGCAUCAGUUCCAGGAGAUGGCAACAACUUUGUUUGGGAGCCGAAACUUAGCAUGGGCGACCUAUCCGCUCUCCGCACAUCUCUCAGGGGAAAAUUUACAUCCGGAUGAAAGACGACAGUUCUUAUAUGCACUGCUUCCUUCUGCCGUCCGAGGAACGGAUUUUACACCGGAACUGGGCUCCAUGAUGCAGACUCUAAUUCCCGAACGGACUUGUGGAAACCUUUCCCUGACAAUCCAACGACUGUUAGACCCUACGAAGAAAUGCUCUGUUGCUCGAAUUGGAGAAUUGGCCGUGUUCCUCAUCUCGAACAACAUCUUGAACUCGUCGUCGGAUAGAAGUGAAUUUGUACAUUGGAUCAUGAAGUACAAUGCAGCAGAUUUCUUUCGACGACUAUUUCAGAUGAAAACACCAACAGUUCAAGCAGCUUCAAUCCGGCUCUUUGAAAGCAUAGCCCGCCAUGGAAGUGCAUCAGCCUUGCAACUCCUCAUUGAUUCAGGCGCUGAUACAAGUAUCCUUGCCGGGGCUAAAGGUUUCAAAUUUUUGGAAUACGCGGUUUGGAGAGGGGAAUUAGACAUUUCAAGGCUAUUAAUAGAGAUUGGCGCAGAUGUAGACCCUCGUUCUGAUGUCUCACCUGAUAGUCUUGAUACACCGCUCAUUCGUGCAGCAAUGCACCAUGACAUCGGUAUGUUAAGGUGCCUUCUAAAUAAAGGCGCCGACCCGGACUAUAUGCACUAUCUUACCGGUGAUACGGCGCUAUCAGCGGCCGUAAGAGAAGAGGCCCCAGAUUGUAUCAAAGCUCUACUCAAAGCAGGGGCAGACGUUGGAAAGGCCAGCAUAGGCCAAGAAAACGUCCUAGACUGGACGUAUUUGCGAAGCAAAACGGAGAUAUACCGAAUACUUCUAUCCUCGAGCCGCAGAGCGCCGACAUCUUUGGCCCUGGAGGGAAUAAUUUCAGCUGCAAAAGUAGGGACUCCUACCCUAUCUCAGUAUCCUGAGGGUACGACUGAAUCGAACGACUGCCAAACUAGACUUUUGGAGUACUCUUUAUGCGAGGCAGUGAGAUAUCCGAAUCACUCUAUAGCAGUUAAACCUCUUCUGGACCUUGGCGUAGAUCCAAAUACUAGCGUCGUCUUCCGCAGUGGCCGAUGUAUUCCUCUAUGCAUAGCCGCUAAGAGAAAUGAUAUAGAUAUGGCAUCGCUUUUGCUGCAAUCGGGUGCAGAUAUCGACAAACGGGGUGUUCUGUCCGCAGCAGCCAAGGAUGCUAACUGCGUCGAAUUUGUCGACUUCCUUGUUAAGCAUGGAGCAAAUAUAAAAUCGUACGGGGCAGAAGCCCUGGCUGCAGCCGUGGAAGGUGACAAUAUUGCCGGUAUCAGGCUCUUACUUCAAUCGGGGGCGGAUAUAAAUGAGGCUAAGCAUCAGGGUUGUUCUGCUAUUCAACAUGCGGCAAAAAAAGGCAACCUCAACACCCUUGAGUACUUGAUUAGGGAGGGUGCCAACGUAAAUGGGCCACCAUGCAAGCAUCGUGGGUUUACUGCCCUUCACUAUGCUGUGCAAAGGUGUGAUAUUAGCGUCGUCAGACUCCUGUUAAAAGCAGGUGCGCAAGUUGUUCCUCCACCCCAGGCACAAGUGAGCAAAACCUUGUUGGAAGUAUGCGCUCGUAGUAGCUACGUUUCCCUGAAAUAUUUGACUACAGGAACUGUAUCUUGUCAAUCGGAUAUCCUCAAGCUUCUUCUAGACCUAGGGGCCCAGGUUACACAUCCAGGAAUAGAACGAGGACACGUGAGCUGGGAUUCGGCAUUAUCUAGUGCCAUUCGGUUUUGCCCAGAUGAUUAUUUAGUUCACCGCUUGCUGGAUUUCCCCGGAAUCGACGUUAAUCAGAUAGGCAAUGCUCCCAAUACACGGUCACCAAUACAAGCUGCAGCAGCAGUCGGAAGAUUUGAUUUCGUCAAGGAGCUCCUGGCUAGAGGGGCAAACUUGAAUGCUCCUCCUGGGCAAAAAUUCGGAAGAACUGCUCUUCAAGCCGCAUGCAGUACUGAAUUUGCAGAUAUCGGCCUCAUUAUGUUCCUUUUAGGGCAGAAAGCAGAUGUCAACGCUGCAGCAGGUCCCGAGGGUGGUGUAACCGCGAUUCAAGCUGCCGCAAUUCAAGGACAUAUAAAAGUAGUUCUUCUGCUUCUCGAUCAUGGGGCUGAUGUUAACGCCAAUCCCAGCAAAGAGGAUGGGAGAAUGGCUCUUGAUGGAGCCGCGGAACAUGGCCGCUUGGACAUGGUUCAGUUUCUCCUGAAUAUCCGGGCAAAGAGCUGCAAAGCAGGUGAGACUGGAUAUGAUGGAGCUAUAGAGUUGGCCGAAAUGAGACGUCAUUACGCAGUAGCAGAUGUACUAAGAUCUCACUCCAAGAGCCGUCGGGGGUAG